GCACGGGAGCUGGGUUACCCGAUGCGCUUGCUCUGGAUGUUGCUGCAGCUCUACCAGCAGCCGCGGUGCAUCAAGGCGUACGGCAGCCUCUCGAGCUCCUCCGUCGCCUUUCAGGGGGUGCUGGCGGGGUGCACACAUGCCACCUACCUCACCUACCUGCUAACGUGCCGCGUCCUUCAGCGGGCCAGCGGGGUUGCGCCGACCAUCAAGCCACGCUCGCUGGUGGACGUCAUCGGCCUGCAGAUGGUCUCCCCCGACCUCGGUGAUGUCAAGCUGCUGCUGAGCACUGCGAUGGUGCUCACUGCAGAGGCCAGGGACCUCGGGCUGAUUCUCCAACCUGCUAAGUCCGCGGUGGUGGCUGGGUCAGCGCAGGAGUACGACCCUAUCUAUCAUGCCACGCUGGAUUUGGUCUUGAACUACGCCGCCUGGAUUUGGGAUGGGCGUGCGUCACCCAGCCGCCUGCAAAGGGCUUGGACAGCGCUCCAUGAGCGGGGUGUCCCUAUCAGUUGGGCCAAUGCCAAAGGUCCCCUGGCCGCGACUUGGUUGACGCUCAGGCGGCUAGCCUGGGGCAUGAAAGCGCCGCGCGUCUUGCAGGGCGACAUGGGCAGCCAGCAUGACCUGUACCGCGUUUGCCCUGCUGACCUACGACCGUUCUUGGUGCAAGGCGUGCGGCGCUGGCAGCAUGACCGCCUCGCCAGCCACAUGUACUCCCACGCUGGUGCGCCCAUCUGGCACCGUGGGCUCAGGUAUGCGGUCAAGGGUGUCCGUGCCGCAAGGCAGCUGGGAUCCUUACAGGCGCUAUGGUCUGACAACAUACCCGCGCCGAUUCGCAGGGGCAUGAAGCUCGGCAUGCCCAUUCGCCAGCAGGUUCACGACCGCCUCGAGAGUCGGGGCGAUCCGACCCUGCCGUCCCGCACCGGCGCCCGGCAGCCCAGCGCCAUGGAGGCCGAGGGCGAUUUCUUUCCAGGCGUCGGGCAAGGGGUCGACGAAGAGGUCGACCUUGUGCCACCCGAUAGGUACGACGGCCAUCAGGAGAUGGCGCGGCUGGGCGCGCAGA